AGAGUGUCUCAGUGCGUGUGGCGCUCGUGUGUUCGCCUCGUCGAGUUGCAGAUCGCGAUUAUUCACCCGUUUACUCAUAAACUUACACCUCCCCGACGGGUGCAGAGUUAAACAACAGCAACCAUGCCUCGCAUUAUGAUUAAAGGUGGCGUUUGGAGAAACACCGAGGAUGAAAUCCUCAAAGCGGCUGUUAUGAAAUAUGGGAAAAACCAAUGGUCACGAAUUGCAUCCCUGCUGCAUCGAAAAUCAGCCAAGCAGUGCAAGGCACGAUGGUUCGAGUGGCUGGACCCCAGCAUCAAGAAGACAGAGUGGUCGAGAGAGGAGGAAGAGAAGCUCCUGCAUUUGGCAAAGCUCAUGCCGACACAGUGGCGAACCAUCGCACCCAUCGUGGGCCGGACUGCUGCACAGUGCUUGGAGCACUACGAGUACCUCCUGGACAAGGCAGCACAGAAAGACAAUGAGGAGGAGCAAGGAGAUGACCCUCGUAAGCUGAAGCCUGGAGAGAUUGACCCAAAUCCAGAGACCAAACCUGCACGACCUGACCCAGUGGACAUGGAUGAAGAUGAGCUGGAGAUGCUGUCCGAGGCGCGUGCCCGACUUGCCAACACUCAGGGCAAGAAGGCAAAGCGUAAGGCCCGAGAGAAGCAGCUUGAGGAGGCCAGGCGCCUCGCCGCGCUGCAGAAGAGGCGGGAGCUGCGUGCUGCCGGGAUCGAUAUUCAGAAGAAGCGCAAGAAGAAGCGCGGGGUUGACUACAAUGCUGAGAUUCCGUUCGAGAAGAAGCCGGCGCCAGGUUUCUUCGACACGUCCGAGGAAAACUACCAGAUGCUCGAGCCAGACUUCAAGCGCUUGCGGCAGCAGCACCUUGACGGAGAGCUGCGCAAUGACAAGGAGGAGCGCGAGAGACGCAAGGACAAGCAGCGUCUGAAAAAGAAGAAGGAGUCUGACCUUCCGUCGGCGAUCCUGCAGACCUGCCGCGUGUCUGACUUCACCAAGAAGCGCAGCAAGCUCGUCCUUCCAGCCCCCCAGAUCUCAGACUCGGAGCUGGAAGAGGUGGUGAAGAUCGGGCAGGCGAGUGAGCUCGCGCGCCAGGCUGCCGAGGAGUCGGGCACCAACAACGCCGCGUCCAGCGCUCUUCUGUCCGACUACAGCGUCACGCCGAGCCCUGGCGGCCUACGCACGCCCCGCACGCCCGCCGCACAAGACCGCAUCCUGCAGGAGGCACAAAACAUCAUGGCGCUUACGAAUGUAGAGACCCCGCUCAAGGGCGGCCUGAACACACCCCUGCACGAGAGCGACUUCAGCAGCGUCACUCCGCAGCGGCAGAUUGUCCAGACGCCAAACACUGUGCUUGGAACGCCCUUCAGGACUCCAUCUCAAAGUGGAGAGGGGCUGACUCCCAGGGGUGGGUUGACCCCCAAGAUGGUGACAGCGGGGCCGGUGGGGGCGACGGGCCCAGUGGGCACCGGCCUCACCCCGGGCCGCACUCCCGUGAGGGACAAGCUCAGCAUCAACCCUGAGACAGCUGGCCUGGAAGUGGACGACCCGCGCUAUGCCAAGCAGAUGGAGCGAGAGAUGCAGCUGCAGCUGCGCAAGGGCCUGCAGGGGCUGCCCACGCCGCGCAACGACUUUGAGAUCGUGCUGCCCGAGAACGUGGACGGCGACCAGGAGCCCGAUGAGGCGCCCGAGAGCUUCGUGGAGGAUGCCUCGGAUGUGGACUCUCGCAAGCAGGCGGUACGGCAUGCCGAGCGGGAGCGGGAGCUGAAGCGGCGGCACCAGGCAGUGCAGCGCGACCUGCCACGUCCCACCGAGAUCAAUGAGACGAUCCUACGGCCUGUGGGCGUGGACCCGCCGCUGACCGAGCUGCAGCUGGCAGAGGAGAUGGUGAAGCAAGAGAUGAUCCUCAUGAUGCACUACGACGGACUCUACCACCCUCCUACCGACGAUGGCGUCGCACACAAGGGCAAGGGUGGCGCCAACAACGCAGCGCACGUCAGCUUCCUGGAGCAGCAUCAGUACGAGCCCAUCGAUGAAGCUGACCUGCAUAAGGCACGUGAGCUGCUGGCACAGGAAAUGGAGGUGGUGAAGCAGGGCAUGGGUCACGGGGACCUUUCUCUGGAGGCCUACAACCAGGUGUGGGAGGAGUGCUACAGCCAGGUGCUCUACCUGCCAUCCCAGGGCCGCUACACACGUGCCAACCUCGCCAGCAAGAAGGACCGCAUCGAGUCCCUGGAGAAGAAGUUGGAGAUAAACCGCGCACAGAUGACGGCAGAGGCGAAGAAAGCUGCAAAGUUGGAAAAGAAGCUGAAGAUCCUGACGGGUGGCUACCAGUCACGCACGAUGGCGCUCACCAAGCAGCUGGGAGAGCUGUGGGACCAGGUGGAGCAGGCACACCUGGAGCUGCACACCUUCCAGGAGCUGAAGAAGCACGAGGACAUUGCCAUUCCCCGGCGCCUCGAGGCGCUGCGUGAGGAUGUCGGCAGACAGGUGGAGCGCGAGAAGGAGCUGCAGAACCGUUUUGCAGAGCUCAUGCUCGAGAAGGAGACGCUGGUGUCCAAAGAGACUACGAACGAAAAUGAUAAUUAAUCUCACAACCCCAACCCCGCACACUGUAUUACUUUCCCACUCCCCGUGCAUCCGUGUUUAACAACAGCUCGCCUAUUUCCUGCCUUUAAAACGCAACCACAAAAACCCUCUGGUAACAUUAAAACAACAUUAACGCUUCCGUAAUUAUAUUCAUACAAUCUAAACAUGUUCAAAUAUUGAAUUAAGUUUCCCUGUGAAGCUUCGCAUGUUGUGUAAACAAGUCCUGUAUAGGCUGUGCAUCUUUUUCGUUUUUACUUAAUCUUUGCAGAACAGUUUUUUCCCUUCUUCCUGUAGCUUAUAUGUAAGAGUUUUGAUGUAGACUCCAUAGUUAUGUGAUUAUGAGCAGAGCCAAUAUAAAUUGUUGGGGGAAAUAAAAGUUUGUUAUUGUUUAUUUUGGCUUUUUUUACUGUAAAGUACCGAAUUCACAUUUAGCAAUGAAGUGGCAUGGCUUUCAUAUUGCUGUACAAUAAAACACCCUCGCUUGUGCCAAUAUGGAUAUAUUCACACAUUUCCACUGGUCCAAUUUAUACAUGCAUUGUAGGCAGUUUUAUUUGGGUUGUGGUCAUAUAAUAAUUUCUAUGAAGGUGAACACAGUAAUCAUCGCAACGGUAGUGCAAGAAGCGAUUGCAGUCACAGAUGUUAGGUCCACAUUUGUCAAAGUACACCGUCCCAUACUAAGUGUGUGUGUGUGUCCAUGGGUAAACAAGUAUUUGAAAAUUAUCUUUAUCGGGUGUUAUCCAGUGUUGGAGAUUCCACGUGGCUUUGGUGGGGGUUUAUAGCAAAAGCACAAUUCCCCCAAAAUGUUAUCUUAAUUGUGGCCUGUCUAACAUUGGUCCCAACAGUGUAAACUUGUGUGAUGUAGUUUUUAAAUAAAAUGGCAACAGUAGGCUUAUAUUUUUGUAAAUUUUGGAAAAUUCAUUAAAAACGAUGUUUAAGACUUCACUGCAAUGUGUAUCCAGAAUAAAUACUGAAAUAUGAUUUCAGCAAAGAUAACCUUUAACUUUGGGAGAGUGGCUAAGGUUUUUAAUGUCAUGGUACAGUAUAUUAUUCAAUUAUGGUGAACUAUUAUGUUUUUCAUUAUAACAAACUUCGUUGACGUAGCUUCAGAAAUGUACAUUUGGACAGUUGUAUUGCUUUGUUUAAAUAGAACAGCAUGCACUACCAGUGUGCAUCUAUCCCACCUGAGCGUUUAUGGAGUGUGCCAGUGAUGGGAUGGAUCAGAGAAGGCGGCACAGUGCAUACGACCGCAUCACCCAAGCAACAUAUCCCUGAUCCACUCGCAAAAUUUCAUCAGGAUUUAUACAAGUAGCAAUGGCUAUCUGUCAAACGUUAUGAGACCAGCACAUUACAUUUGGUUGUGGAAGCAUUUUCUUAAAACUGGUAAGCUGUAUUUUGUAUCCAGAAACCGGAGAUGUUUUAAUACGAGCGUCAAAUAUGGCCAAAUCAUCGUGAAUGCACCCACCCUCGUCACAUCUCGAGAGCGAAGAGCUCGUCUUGAGCUGGGACGGAUGGCCGUGCGUCACCCGCCUGGGCUGUUACGGGGCUAAACGGUGGCCAGCAGAGGGCAGUGCAGGAACAUCUCUGUUGUACUGUACUCCAACGUCUAUGCUUCACUCGACCAGGGUCGUAGAGGAUGGCCAAACAGCGCCUGUGCCGCGUGGGGAAGCCCUCUGCACUGGAUUGGCAAUCAGGCUGUACAUACAGAGGUGAUAUUUGGGCCAGUUAGUAUUAUUUUACAAUGGGGUUCAUGGGGAUGUAAUGCUUUUCAUAAGUGAAAUAAUUUCAUUUGUUGAUUUGAUUUGAAUAGUGCUCCCACCUUAACCACGCUGCUUACAGCUGCGUUUGCAUUGCGUCGGCUGGUAAUGUGCAUGCAUCUCACCGUGCUCCUGUGCGAAAGGAAAACAUGUAUCCUCAUACAAAUUCUGCAAAUUUUCCACGAAUGUUCUGCGGUAUUUAUAAAAGCAGAAAUUCCCAAGCUGUUCAUGCAAUCAUGUUCACCCUGGGAAUUAAAGACGCGCACUCCGUCUCCAAAACGGACAUUAACACACUGCUAGAUAAUAUGCAUUUUCACGCAUCCCGUUACCCGCGACGCUUUGUAUAAACGUGGCACGUGACAUGGUCUCGCCGUUGAAUCGUACGCAUUGCUGUUCACCGUACAUCACAAUGUGUAACUUUUAAUAUGAAGUCGGGAUAAAGUACAGUAUAUGACAUUGCCCUUGUGGCGUUCUGCUUGUGUGUGGUCAGCGCGCUUGGCAAUUUGUUUUGGCGCUGCUUUCACUGACGUGUGAUUCGUGUUUGCCGGUGCCGUUAUUAAAUUGCUAUUAAAAUCAA